UUCCGUUUCGCCAUUUUCCUCUUCUCCACUGGAGCGGUCGCUGGUCUUCCUCGCUGUUUCGCGGUGUUUUAAGCUGCCCAGAGGUGACGGUGGGACAGGGGAACCCCCCGCCAAAGAAAGAGAGGAUAUUGUGCCGUCUAGCUUUGUCGUCCGAAGGGAAGAGUGACAAUGUCUUCUGAGGAGAGCCCCGAGUACUCACCUUUCUUCGCCGUGAUGGGAGCCUCUGCGGCCAUGGUCUUCAGCGCGUUAGGAGCAGCAUAUGGAACCGCGAAGAGCGGCACAGGCAUCGCCGCCAUGUCUGUGAUGCGGCCAGAGCUCAUCAUGAAGUCCAUCAUCCCCGUCGUCAUGGCGGGUAUCAUCGCCAUCUACGGGCUGGUGGUCGCCGUGCUGAUAGCCAAUAACAUCUCGGAGAGAGUCAGUCUCUACAAGAGUUUCCUGCACCUUGGCGCCGGACUGAGCGUGGGCCUGAGCGGCCUGGCGGCCGGGUUCGCCAUCGGCAUCGUGGGCGACGCCGGCGUGAGGGGCACCGCUCAGCAGCCCCGGCUUUUCGUGGGGAUGAUCCUGAUCCUGAUUUUCGCCGAGGUGCUGGGGCUCUACGGCCUGAUCGUGGCCCUCAUCUUAUCCACAAAAUAAGUGUCUCUCUUCCAUCCAAACCACCAUCUCAUUCAUUCCACAUCGAAGCAGCGCGAACAAAUAGGAGAGUUUCACCUUCUUCCAUGACACCCCGCGGAUCUGACAGGAUGGGAUGGCGGCAGAAACAUGCUGGCUGUCGGUUUCGACAGCCUCGUCCUCUUUAGAUGUGAUCUACUCCAUUUUGUUUUAAGCCAUCCGGUUGUGUCAGGUCUUGUGCGUACAGAACGGGCAUGAACAUGUACUGUUUGUUGUGAGAUGAUGUGUGGACAGUCUGCCUGAUUAUAUCGUCUAAUCUUAAACUGUACAGUGAUCCAGAGUCCUCCCAUCCUCAGUAAAUGUAGUAACCAGUCUGUGCUGUGAGUGUGAGUAUCAACGUUUAGCCCCUCACCCCUCCAACCAUUCCUCUUUUAAUUUUUGUCUUUUGUUGGUGGAUUUUAAUCAUCAUUAUACGUUUUGUUUUUCUUUGUUUUUUUGAGACUGCUGAAAAGUUGUACACACUAGUAUUUUAUUUUUUCAUGUUCUUUUUCGGGGACCAUCGUUGAAUCUCAGAUUAUUUUUUUUGUCACUAUUUAUGGAAAGCUAUGAAGAUUUUGAAGCUGUCUAAAUGGAAAACUGUUUAUUGAAAUACCCUAUAUAUACAUAAAAUAUAUAAAUUAUCUGUGUAUAGUUAGAUUUAUUGCACUGUGGGUAAUUGUUCUAAGUGCUUGGAAUUCCUCUGGAUAUAGUGUGAUUAUUAUUGGAGGACGUCCACAUGUUCACAUGAAGAUGACUGUGUGUGUGUGUGUGUGUGUGUGUGUGUGUGUGUGUGUGUGUGUGUGUGUGUGUGUGUGUGUGUGUGUGUGUGUGUGUGUGUGUGUGUGUGUGUGUGUGUGUGUGUGUGUGUGUGUGUGUGUGUGUGUGUGUGUGUGUGUGUGUGUGUGAGAGAGAGAGAGAGAGAUCUGAGUGCAUAAUGUGGUUUUACGUUUGAUAUGACAUUCUCAGACACUAGUAUUGUUUACCUGUAGUGCUGCUGUCUUGAUUUUGUUCUUUUUUUAUUUUUGUUUUUUUUUUGUCCAAAGUGAGAGCUCACUGUUCAGCCAUGCCUGUCAGAUUUCCAAAUAAAACUCAACCUCCUCCA